AUGUCCGAUGCUGAGCCCAUCAUCUAUAACGACGACAUCGAAGACAGCGAGGACGACUUUGACUGGGAAGAGGUCCCUGUUCCCGAACCUCCGGGGCAAGAGAUCGUGCUCGACGAGCAACAACCUGCCCCUCAGAACAUUGAGAUCACCAUCAGGACUAAGCCAAAGAAGAGUGCCAAGGCAGACGUAAAGAAGCAGGGCAUCAGUCAUGCCGAGAGAUUGUUGCGCGUCGACUGCCACAAGCUCCAUACACUAUGUCUCCUUGCAAGCGCACGUAUACGCAACAAGUGGCUUAACGACCCCCUCCUGCAUGCACGACUACUAUCCCUUACCCCGCUCGAGCUGCAGAAUGCCUUCUCCGCAAUCCACAAGUCACGCAUGCCAGAUGCCAAUCAUCGCGCGCACAUGUUUCGACGCGCUCUUGAGGGUCUCGUCGAGUGGUGGGCGGACGAGUUCUUCGACGUCAGGCCCGAAGGUCACAUCCGCAACCGUACAUUCGCCGAAGUCCAGAAGUACAUGAUCAAGCACAAAGUUCCCCUCGAUGAACCCGACGCGACCAUGGAUCCCGAGAUGCUAGAAGACGUACUUGAUGACGAAGGCGAGACUAUACGAAGUCCCAAGAGCUUCAUGAAGCAUGCGCUUAUGCACAGCGGCUCGCGGGACGUGAGCGCGCAGUUGUUUACUGCGCUGUGUCGAGCUCUCGGCCUUCCUGCACGCUUGGUCGUCAGUAUACAGAGCGUGCCUUGGCAGACCAAGGAUACUUUAUACAGUUCGCCUGCCAAGAAGAAGCAAAGCAAAGGCAAGGGCAAACAGAAGGCUAUUGAACUCGAAGACGAUGGUGGAGCCUCCGCGACGCCGUCUGGCUCUGUCAACGGGGCUUUCCCCGGCACUGGUCAGUCGGUGGCGGGUAGCUCGACGCCUAUGAGCGAGAAGGCCAAGGGCAAACAACGAGCGGAACCGCAAGUGAGGCUCAGGAAGGGGAAGAGCAAGGGUAAUGUCUUGGGGAAAGCUUCGACACCGACGCCCGUACCUGCCGAUCCUCUGAGCUCCCCACCCGUCUUCUGGACCGAAGUCUUCUCCCGUACUGACGGGCGCUGGAUUCCCAUCGACCCCAUCCGCAACAAGGUCAACCGUCGCAAAGCCUUCGACCCUUCGCCCGCCACCGCUGGUCCCAAGUCCGCGAAGCCCGAGCGCGACAACAUCAUCGCGGUAUAUAACCAGUCCCAGGCCCUGACUGCGCCAGCGAAGCGCGUCGGCGGUCGCCCUAUUAAGGAGGAGAAUCGCAUGUUGUACGUAGUCGCCUUCGAGGAGGACGGGUACGCGCGGGAUGUGACCAGGCGGUAUGCGCAUCAGUAUCUGUCGAAGGUGAUGAAGGCGCAGGGAGGGAGCAAGCAGUUGACGAGGGGGAAGAACAGGAUACAGUGGUGGGAGGGGGUGAUGGGGCUGGUGACGCGGCCGUAUCGACUGCAUCGCGACGACAUGGAGGACGAGGAGCUCAACUCGAUGCAAAUGUCCGAGGGCAUGCCUACCACUCUCGCUGGCUUCAAGGAUCACCCUUUAUACGUCCUCGAGCGCCACAUCCGCCAACACGAAACCAUUCACCCUCCACCACCCGCCACACCUGAGCUGGGCAAAUUCCGCGGCGAGCCCGUGUACCCCCGCUCCAACGUCGUCGCCCUCAAGUCAGCCGAGAACUGGAUGCGCACCGAAGGGCGGACCGUUAAGGCGGGCGAGCAGCCGAUGAAGUUCAUCAAGCUGCACGCGAACACGGUGGCGCGUCUCCGGGAGAUCGAGCUGGCGAAGGACGAGUUACGGGUAGCGGGGGAGUCGGCGGGGGAUUUGAUGCAGGGCUUGUACGCGAGGUCGCAGACGGAGUUGUUUGUGCCACCGCCUGUGGUGGAUGGUAAGAUACCGAAAAACGGGUUUGGUAACGUCGACCUGUUCGUGCCAAGUAUGUUGCCGCAGGGUGCGGUUCAUGUUCCCUACAAGGGCGUCGUCAAGGUUGCGAGGAAACUGGGUUUCGACUAUGCAGAAGCACUCACUGGCUUCGAGUUCAAGAAGCGCAGGGCGGUGCCAGUUAUCCAGGGCGUUGUUGUUGCGGUCGAGAACGAACAAGCAUUGCUCGAAGCCUAUUGGGAGGCCGAGCAAGACGCUGCAGAGAAAGCUCGUGUCAAGCGCGAAGAGCGCGUGCUCAAGCUGUGGACGCGUCUCGUGCAAGGGCUUACUAUACGCGCUCGCUUGCAAGACCAGUACGCUGACCGUGACCGAGGAAGCAAGGCCCCGGCCAACGAGCCGCCUCCCACCGCUUCGACCACUGCUGCGCAGCCCGAAGAUGACGACCUCAUCGAAGUGGAACUCCCAGACACCGGCGGCGGCUACCUCGUUGGCGCGGAUGACGUGGUGCAGUCAUACCACCUCCCGAAGGCGCAGUACGCGGCUGGCGUGUCCAGGGAGACAUCCCAAUCAGGCGACGACAAUGGGGUGGCUUCUUCUGGUACGCCCGCGCCUGAGGUCAUCUUGCAGACCAUGGAGCUGGACGAGGCGGACACCGUGGAAGCGGUCGCACCGGCGGCAGAUCGCGUGGCCCCGAGGACGAUGGAAGCUCUCGCGGCGGACUCGUCACGGGCGCAGAGCGAGGGCGCGCACGAGGAGGACGAGGAUAUUUUGGUGCUCGACGGGCCUGUGAACGCGCACGCGAAUGGAGUCGGUCAGGCCAAUGGCACCAAUGGGGCGGGGAGCCGCGGCUCGUCAGCUGGUAGACAGACGAGGAAGGCGGCUAACGGUGCGACGGCGGCCAAUGGCGAGGCGUCAACCAAUGGCAAAGCGCCAGCCAAGCGGGUGGCUGGAAGGAAAAGGGGUCGGAAAGCCAUUGAGGAGAGCGAGGGUAGCGAGGACGAGAAGCCCUCGAGGAAGCGGACGAACACGCGCAAGCGGGCUUCCCCUGCCAAGACGCCCGUAGCGGCGGAGUCUGCGACGACAGAGACCGCCAGUGCACCUACAACAGCGGAGACGCCCGCGCGGCGGACUCUUCGUCCGCGGAAGACAAAGACUGCGGAGCAAAUCCAGCAGGAGCGGGAGGCUGAGUUGGCGUAUCGAAGGGCUAUCGCGGACUCUGAUGGCUCUUCCUUCGGGAGAGCUGCGUGCGCCGUCUUCUGUGGCAACAGCGACGCGAAGGUGAGAUACGACGUGUGCCCGCGCACCUCGUUGAGCACCUUCGACAACGUUUGCGUCUUCGGUGCCGCUGCCGCUGCGACCUGCGCCCCAUUAGCCUCCCCGCUCGCCUCGCCCUCCGUCUUGACCCGCUUCGUCUCGCUUUCCGGCGUGUCCGGUCAAAGAAAUAUACUUACCGGCGUCUACCUCUUCAGUGACCGUGAAACCUUCCUUGCAUACAUUUCUGUGGGUAAGGGUGACUUGUUCUGCCAUUCCAUGCUCGGCGAACUCCUCCCUGAGAAGAAACGGAAAUGGGACAGGGGAUGGAAGAUCGAUCGUCGCAGCGGCAUAUACGUGAGCCAUACAAGAGUGGCCCAGACGUGGGGGAGGGGAAUACACGGGGCCAUCGAUAGGACGGUCAUGGGCACUGAUAAGAAGGGACGUACCGGCUUCGAUGACACGACUGCCUGGGCGGAUUCCCAGGUGUGCGGUUACGAAAGCGAUGUCGGGCAGGUAGAGGAUUUGCGUGCGGUGGGGAAGGGCCAUAGUCCAGAGCUCCGGCGUAGGGCGGAGGACAUGAAUGAAGCCCUUGCCUGUGCGCGACCCGACCUUCGAGCCAUAAGGGACGCCAAUGAAGCGAGAUGGAUCUACAUGACGGACUCUGUCACUGAUUUGCUUGGGUGGGAGCCCCGCGAGCUUGUCGGACGGCCUUCCUUGGAGCUCGUUCAUCCCGAUGAGUUCCUGCGCGUCCGUAAACUCCACUACGACACCAUCACCGAGGACAAGGCCGCCGUGCUCGCCUACCUCAGGAUGCGGCACAAGGACCCCUACAAAGGCUACGUCCUCUGCGGGAUCGUACUGCGCCGCGCCAGAACCGUCGUCCACAACGUGCUCAUGGGGAGUGUCUCCUUCGCGCGGCCGGGGCCCAAGCAGCUGCACAACGCGUCGACGGCGACGGAGAUAGAGGUCAUCACCCCCGCUGCCAAAGACUUCCAGUUCAGGCGCUGGAACGACCCGACGCCCAUGCCCCCGAGCCCUGGGACCGUGCAAGAGCUGCCGACGACAGAGGAGGAGAACCCGGCGGCCUGGCACCGGCGCAGCGAAUCCAGAUCCCCCAGCCCCCGACGCGGCCGGCGACGCAGCCGGCACCGGAACACGGGCGACGGUAGCUCCCCCGACCGCCAUGGGGAGCCCUCCUCCCGCUCGCCGUCCCCCAAAGUUGACCCGAGCGUGUCCUUCGACCCGCUGCCGAACCAGUCCUUCCGCACGGCGUUCAUCGUGGACAGGUUCUCCCUGAGCUGCCCGAUUAUGUACUAUACAAACGACCAUUUCAUCGAGACGAUGGAGAUUCUGGGCCGGAGCUUUUAUGACUUUGUGUCGAAGAAGGACGAGUCGCUGGUUAGGAGCUGGAUCGAUUUGGUGAAGUCGUGGGGGGUGAAUGAGAGGGGUCAGCCGUCGGAUGGAGGGUUUGGGUUUGGACGUUUCCGCCUACUCACUCGCGGCAGGAAAUCAGCCGAAGCCGAACCCGCAGACCGCCGGCGCACCUCCAUGUCCCGCGCCCGCCAGACCAGCCGCCAACCAAAGCCAAAGUCCGUUUCCCGCUCAAGGCCGGUCAUACAGACCGAUGCGCACCUGGCGGACAACCAUCCCAACCACCAGCGCGGCGACCGCUCACAAACACAUCCAUACACCUACGUCGAUGCGAUAUUCUCUGCGCACUCGGAUGGGUUGAUGAUCAUCCUUCGUGGCUGCCCGAACGUCACGCAGCCGUUGCCGCCGACUGGCAGCCAGGCAGCAGGCCCGUCACGUCCCAAUCCAUGA